AUGUCUCCGGACGUCCCCUUUCCUAUUGCCCUGUGCGGCAUUGCUGCAGAACUGCCAAGCGGUAGCUGGAGCUCGACCAAUUUAGAUCACAAGUCGUUCUUCGAGUUCCUCUUGUCCGGUGGGGAGGCCUACGAGAAAGUCCCCAUCGAACGUUUCAACGUCCACACGAUUAAAGGGUCUGGAACCGGCCAAGUCGUCACGGACACCGGCGCCUUCCUCAAGGACAUCGGUCUCUUCGACCAUGUAGAAUUCGGAAUCACUAGCAAGGAUGCGCGUUUGAUGCCUCUAGGCACGCGCAAGUUGAUCGAAACGACGUUCCUAGCACUCCUAGACUCCGGCAUCGACUAUAGAGGCCGGAACGUCGGAUGCUACAUGUCGGGAGUCGACCAAGAUAUGUUUUCUGUAUCGGGCCAUGAUGACGCCGAGGUUCGAGGCUCUUUUGCCUGGGGUCCAGCGAUGGUAGCGAACCGUGUCUCGUAUCAUCUCGACCUUCGCGGGCCGUCCCUUGCGCUCGACACCGCGUGCAGUUCGACUCUGUAUACUACGCACCUUGCGGUGCAAGCCCUGCGCAACGGCGAAUGUGAUGCAGCCGUUGUCGGAGGUGCGCAGAUCAACCACAGGUUCUCCGAGUGGGUCCUCUACUCCCAAGGUGGAGUUCUGUCUCCGGACGGCAAGUGCAAGCCGUUCGAUGCAUCCGCGAACGGCUUCGGUCGUGGCGAAGGUGUAGUCUCUAUUGUACUCAAGCCUCUUGACGCCGCCCUGCGCGACAAUGACAAGAUCUAUGCUACUAUCCUAGGCACUGGCGUCAAUUCAUCGGGCUCGCUCGCGCCCGUGAACGCCCCGGUGGCAGCCGCUCAACAAGAUACGAUGGUCCGUGCUUUCCGAAUGGCGAAUCGCUCGCCUAAGGAAGUCGACUUCAUUGAAUUGCACGCGACGGGCACUGCUAUGGGCGACCCGACUGAAGCCAACUGGGUCGGCGCUCAGUUCAAGCGCGACGACGAGCUUGUGAUAGGCUCUGUCAAGGGUAACGUUGGACAUCUCGAGAUAACGGCGUUUCUCGCCUCGCUGAGCAAAGUGGCCUCUAUCCUCGAGACGCGUCGAAUUCCCCCAACUGUCAACUUCAAGAAUCCGAAUCAGAAGAUUCGCUGGCAGGAGUAUGGAUUCCGAGUCCCCGUGGAGACAGAGCCCCUCAAGUCCCGGGCGCCGUCGGGGCGACCCCUGAUUGCCAUGACAAGCUCGGGCAUUGGCGGUGCGAACGGUCACGCAGUCGUAGAGGGUGCUCCAGCACGCGCAGAGGUCCCUUCGUCUUUCUGGUGCGGAGAAGCGCCCGCUCUGCUGGUUGCUGCCGGUCUCUCUCCUCGUUCCGCUGCUGCGUUGGGCGAUUCUUUGAAGGGGCUUAGUAGCGAUGCAAGCCACCACGCCGUCUCGCGUGCGCUGGGACGUCGUGCUCGCUCCAUGACCUGGCGUUCGUACGCAGUUGCUUCCAAUGGACAGGUGUCGCGCUUCAGCGAACCACUCCUUGGACCGAAGACUACUGGAUCUCUCGUCUUCGUCUUCUCCGGACAGGGUCCCCAGCACUGGAACAUGGGACGUGACCUAUACAAGACCUCCGCGGUCUUCCGCGAUACGGUGAACGAGCUUGACCAAGUCUAUCUCUCGGCGACCGGUCAGAGCCUCAUCAACGAUGUCGGACUCUUCGCAGACACUUCCAUCAACAGCGACACGCUCGGUGCCAUUUGGCCCAUCGCUAUCACUCUUCCCUCGCUCACUGUGCUCCAGCUAGCCCUGGUCGACACGCUCGCUGCUCUUGGGGUUCGACCAGACGCCUCGCUCGGCCACUCCGCUGGUGAGGUUGCCCUUCUUUACGCCAGUGGUGCGGGACCGAAGGCUCUCGCUCUCGAGCUCGCCAUCGCCCGUGGCAAGGCCAUGUCUCUGCUCGAGAAGGAGGACGGCACGAUGGCUGCCCUGGCUUGUUCACCGGAGCAGGCGGAGCCGAUCAUCGCAGAAGUGCUCGCAGAGCUCGGUCCGGGUGUGCUCGAGAUCGGGUGCUACAACUCUCCCGACGCAGUUACGCUUUCCGGUGCAACCGGUCAUAUCGACAAGGCGGUGGAGAAAGCUAAGAAAGCUGGCAUGUUCGCCACGAGACUUCGCACGCGCAUCCCGGUUCACUCAGGAAUGAUGGACCUUUGCGAGGAGGACUACAAGCGCCGCGUGGGAGAGAUCUUUCCCAAGUACGAAGUGACGUUGCCUACUGUCGAGACGUACUCCACGUUGAACGGCCAGCAGUGGACCGACGUGUUCACCGCAGAGUACUUCUGGGACAACACGCGCGGACCUGUGCAGUUUACCAGCGCUAUGGAGUCGCUUCUCCAAAAGCACACGAACGCAACGUUCGUCGAGUUGGGGCCACAUCCCGUGCUUGUUAGCUAUAUCUCUGCGAUGGCGGGCACGAACUCGCUUGUUACAUGCCCGGUGCGUCGACCGAAGUCCUCGGAGGCUCCAGCGGGUGUCGAAGUCCAGACCUUCAUGGAUUCGUUGGGGAAGCUUGUGGUAGCAGGGCACCACGUCGACUUCGACGCCUUGUGCGGUAUCGUCGACCUUCCUGGUAAGGACAUUCCCACAUUCCCGUUCGCUAGCAAGGAAGUUCCGUACUACGCAUCGACGUUUGAGGUGGCGCGACAACACCAGCGGAGAAAUGGUCCUCUGAACUACUCUCAGCUGCGCGUCAAUACCAAGACGCACCCCGAGCUUGCAGAACAUGUGAUCAAGGACGAGCCCAUCAUGCCCGCCGCAGGCUACCUCGAAAUGGCGCUGGAAUUUGGUGCGAAGAAGCUGUGGGACGUGGAGUUCAUGUCGAUCCUGUCGUUGUCGUCUGAGAAGCCAACGCCGGUGGACAUUCGACAGGACGGCAAUCGGUGGAGUGUGCACAGUGCAACAGCCACGGAGUUUACCAAGACUUGGCCGCCGAACUACAACCGUAUUCACGCGAAAGGCUGUCUCGCGAAGAGCGAUGACGACUACGAAACCUUGCCCCCUGUGAAUAUCGCGGAGAUCCGCGAGCGCAUGAAGCCGAUCGAGAUGAAAGCAUUCUACAACGGGUUCUCGUUCGCGCAAUAUGGUCCGACCUAUCAACGGAUCAUUUCGAGCGGACGCGGGUACGACGAGCAAGGGCGAGAGGAGAUACUCGUGGAGGUCCGCGGCGCUGAAAGCGACCUGGGAGACAUUUCCAACUACAUUCUUCACCCCGCCAUCCUGGAUUCAGCGCUCCACAUCCUGGUUCACCCCGCCAUCACGGGUAACAGGGACAAAGGCCGAUACUACCUUCCUGCGAAAAUCGGCACGCUCGCAGUCCAUGAUAUUUUGCUGCAGAAACCGUUCCCCGCAAAGAUCUUCACGCACGCGACGUUCGUCAAGUGGACGCCUGAAUCGUUGGUGUACGACUUCACUGUCGUCACGGAGGCGGGCGAGCGGCUCUGCACCAUCACUGACCUCGAAGUUGCUUUGCACGGCAAGACGGCAAAAGUGAUCGAAGCCCGCUACGAGCUCGUGCUCCAACCGACGGAAAUUCGGGUCAAGCGCGUCGACGCUGCUGCAGCCCAAUCUCGGGGACGAACGAGUCCCGCCAGCGAUGCAUCGUCAGAUUCAGGCUACGCCACGGUCGAUGGAGAGAAAGGUGCUGCUGACCCCAACGUACGCAUCGUCGAGUACGUCAGGGGCCGUGAGCUCGAGCUCCAGCGCUUCUUCGCUGAAGUAGACCCUCUCGCACCACUUUCCCUUUGGUUCGUUGCCACCAAUGGCCUGGACGGAGAUGCUUCGCUUGGCUUCAGUCGUUCGAUCCGCAGGGAGUACCGCUCCUGGAAUGUUCAUGGCGCCGUCUUCGAUGCUUCGUGGACUCUAGAAGAGAGGAAGGCCGCCGUUCAUCAACUUGCAGCCGAUCCGAAUUGCGAGGACGAACUCUCCGUGGACACAGAUGGCAUCGUAUCGGCCCCGCGGAUCGUAGAAUCUGCUCCGCCAGCAGACAAGACCACCUUCCAAACUGAUGAGCCCUGGACGUACGAAGCAGGUGCUUUCAAGCAGAUCUCCACCCCUCAUGUACCCGAGGAUCACGUACUCGUCAACGUUACCGGUGUCGCGCAGAAAUAUGGCGAUGCGUGGGCUUUCGUCGGAAGAGUAGAAGGCAGGGAAUCUCCUGUCGCCGGGUUGACAUUUGGAGAGCUCUCGAAUGUCACCGUCGUGCAUGUUGGCAGCCUGGUGGACUUCACCCCUCUAGACGGUCUCGUUCCUCAAUUCUUCGCUAACGCAGUUGCCGGUGCAGCUAUCGGACCCGCAGCUUUCGCUGAACCCUCUCGUCUCGGGAAGUCGACAGUUGUCGUCACACAUGCCGAUUCAGCUUUGGGCAGCGAGCUCCUGGCCGUUUACGACCGCAUAGGCGUGCAAGCAGCUGCGUUACCAGCCGCAGCGAGUCUUUCGGAAAUACGGGCUGUCCUGUCUCAGCACCCGAAGUACGUUGUCUCCGGGUCGGAUGGAUCGCACGGGAACGUCCUUCUCGAUGAUCUUCUUCGCCAUCCCCGGUACAAGAUCUUUGCUUGGGAUGACUCAUACCAUGGGCUGAGAACGCUUUUGGCUGAUGACCCGUGGUCAGUAGGCGAUAUCCUACGGUCGGCCCUAAACAGGCAGCCCGACUUUUCGGAGCUUGUCCGCCAGCCACUCGACCUAGUCGAGGCGCUUCCGGAGGAGGUCCCAAUCGCCACCGACCUGUUCAAUGCAAAGAAGGCAUACCUGCUCAUCGGUGGAAUCGGCAGUCUUGGCUUGCAAAUCGCGCUUUGGAUGUACGAGCAAGGAGCACGGUGCAUCGUUCUGACAUCCCGUUCGGGACGUGAGUCGCUUACCCGAAAGGCUGAGUUCAUAUCCUUGCGACUGCUCUCGUACCUUGAGUCGCUCCCGGAUCUCACGUUACUGGUGGAAGCCGUUGAUGCGACGUCUCCGUUCGCCAUGCGUGCUCUCCUGUCUAGCCUUGAUCUACCUCUGGGCGGAUGCAUGAUUUUGAGCGCUGCCAUGGUUGACAGGACAUUUGCGAUGCAGACCCAUGAAUCAUUCGAGGCGUCCGUGGAAGCCAAGAUCGGCGUUUUCCAUGUACUUGAAGACGUUCUCGAUGGCAAGGAAGGCAUGGAGAAGCUAGAAUUCGUGGUCGCAACGUCGAGCGUAUGCGGUUUGUUCGGGAAUGCCGGUCAAACGAACUAUGCAUGCGCCAAUACAGGAUUGACCGGUUUGACGAGCAAGUACUCGACCGCUUGCACAGUGGUUGCACCUUUCAUCGUUGACACUGGGCUGCACGUCUCUAUCUCCACGAGCGACAUUGUGUACUGGACCCGCUUCAAGCAUCUUCAUAGCUGGGGCAUGACAGGUUGGGAACUCUGCGAAUAUAUUGGCGAUGCUAUUAAGAAAGUACGCUCCGGAUCUGGGAGACGUGCCUGGCAAUACAUCCCCGCUUUCGACUGGUCGACCGUGCAGAAGAACCUUGGCCGCUCCCCUCUCUACGACCAUCUUGUCCCUACUUCCGAGGUUGACGCCGUUCAGGAGAACGGCGCAGACGCUUCUAUUGCCUCGAUCAUCUGUCGUGUCCUCGAUAUCGCGCCGGGCGACCUGAACGCGGAUGUGCCGUUGACGUCGUACGGGCUCGACUCUCUCAGCGCUGCGGCACUGUCGCAUGCGCUUCGGGAGGUCGUAGCCGUGUCUCAAAUUCAAUUGCUUGCCGAUGUUACCGUGGCAGUUCUGGAGAAACGGCGAGAGGAGGCACUGGCUAGCGGCUCUGGUGAAGAUCUUACGAGUGGGCAGGAGCAGAUGGGCCCUAAGGAGAAGGAGAUGGUGGCCAUGCUGGAGCGUUACGGCAAAGACUUGCCCGUGCGAGAACCCAUCAACGGUGAGACGGACGGGAAGAAGGUGGUCCUCGUCACAGGAUCGACUGGUAGCGUUGGAGCGCAUCUGCUCGUACGCCUGCUGCGUAGCUCCCAGUGCGAGAAGGUCUACACCCUCGUGCGGAAGGGUGCAUAUGGCCAGACUGCGAAGGCUAGGCAGAAGACGGCACUCGAAUCACGAGGUCUUGACAUCGGUGUCGUCGAGAUGGACACGUUGGCCGUGCUGGAGGGUGAUCUUCUUGCUUACCAGCUCGGCGUGGGUGCAGAGAUGUACUCGGAGCUCACGCAAACCGUCACACAUGUGAUCCACCUAGCCUGGCCAAUCGACUUUGGUACUCCCCUCGCUAACUUUGAGUCUGCCAUUGCUGGACUGCGGAAGCUGCUCGACUUCUCAACUGCCGCCCGUGCGCAGUCUCGUAUGCGACUGCUCUUUGCCAGCACAGCAGGCAUCUUCCGAAGGUACAUCUCCAAGGAUCCCAUCGCUGAAGACCUCGUCGACAACCCGUCCGUCGCCAUCGGGUCGGGCUAUAGCGAGUCGAAGUGGGUUGCAGAGCAGCUUCUGAAGAGGGCGGCUGAGCGGAACAUCUGCAACCCGUCGAUCGUACGCCUCGGUCAGCUCAGUGGUGGCGCAAAUGGUGCAUGGCGCACGACUGAAUGGAUACCCUCCAUGAUCUCCACGAGCCUUGCGCUUGGCUGUCUCCCCGAUGGUUCUGGCGACGCAACGUGGAUACCAGUUGACACCUCCGCUGCUGCCAUGGUAGACUUCCUCGAUACUCCUGCCCGCGUCCUGCAUGUGCAGCACCCUCGUCCCGUCUCUUGGUCUGCCGCUAUGCACCACUUCUCUUCCGCUCUCAACCUACCCAUCGCACCAUACACCGAGUGGUACUCGCGUCUGGAGUCGGGCCUCUCAUUCACGUCGGAUCCGGCCUCGACCCAAUAUCUUGAACGUGGUCUGCGUUUGCUCGAGUUCUUCCGUCUGCCGCUUCUCCUCGAGGACAGCAACCCCCGACCGGAUGUCAUGAACACGCUGGUACACGGUAUGGAUAUCAAGAAUGCUCUUGAGGCGUCCGUCACGCUGCAGGAUCCGGAGUUGCCUGGGAUUGAUCGCGAGGACGUGGAUCGCUGGAUCGGGUACUGGCGUAGCAUUGGAUAUCUGCCGGGCAACUGA